AAGAGACCACCGAUCCUACACAUGUGUGUAUAGUACUUCGGUAAAAUUCGGGAAAUUGACAAUUGCGUCGAAGUCAAUUUCAUCUUAUGACUAUGAUAACAUCACUAUGAAAGGAUUAUAGAAUACUUAUAUUCAUAUAUGACUAAAGGAUAAUGGAGUCGUCUAAACUUUUGUUAAAGGUAACAGUGAUUAUGCACUUUAUCUUGACGGUUUGGGCCACAACAUCCAGCUUCUUACCGGAUUCUUACAUUUACAUGAAUUUGUUUGUUUUGCUGAUUGGUAUAUUUUCCAUUGUACACAAUGAAUCUUCAGACGCAGUUUUCAUGUUUUUUGUUCUCCACUGCUUUACCAUUGUACAGGACAUGAUCUUUCUUGGUAUAUAUCAACCUAUAGCAGACGAAACCGUCGAGGUACCCAACCAGCCUGAUAGUGUGAAGAAUAGGUACAGAUUUAGUCUUGGUAUGUGCAUUACAAACUUGAUUAUAAAACCAGUGACAGCUUUCCUACUGUACAAAGUGUGGCAAGAGAGACAGGGAAAUCCGGUUAAUCUUCCUUUCAGCAUUCCAGGAUUUGGAGACGGAAAUGAAUACAGACCAUAUCACGACAUUGACAGGUCAGCUGAAGGUUAUGUUGAAACAGCGUCAACUCCAAGAGUAAUGGAAGACAGUCGCUUGACAUCUUAACGUGGGGACUACUGAUUAUAUCACUGUGCGUUAAUUUGUAUCGAAUCUGAUCAUUUGACAAUAGAUUGCCUCUUAUGUGAAAAACUGUCUCCUUGCAGCAUUGUAAUUUACAAAUCUAAGUAUAAGCUUUCCGAAAAAGCUUACGUGACUUCACCAAUUAUUGCGUGUUUUUAUUGUUGCUGAUCAAGUCUUAACAUACAGUAAUUUAAUGAACGAUUAUUCAGUUAUUAUUUUCUUACAUGAAGUCGGUUUUUUUGCAGAGUUAAUUCUUUUUAUUAUAAAACGGAUAACAGAAUGUAUGUCGAAUAAAAGAGGAUAUUGGGUUUAAAUUAAUGAAACAGAAACCCAACAUGUUUUAGUAUGACAAUG